CCAGGUUCUAUGCUAUCAUUCCUUCCUACUAUGCUAGAAGAAAUGGUUGUCUAGACGCCGGAAGAUGGUUUGACAUAUAUAUUCACCCCGCAGCAUCCUCGCCCUCUUAUCGUUUCCUGCUUCUCUGUUGAACCUCGCCUUCACUUUCGCCGCUGCAGAGAUUUAUAUACAUUGUACAUUUGACCCGCUAUGGCACGUGUGUGGCUCAUCACGGGGUGCUCCUCUGGCUUUGCUAUUGCCGCUGCCAAGAUUGGCGACACCGUGGUAGGUCGUAUCGAUAUCGUGGUGGACAACGCGGGAUAUAUAUUCUUGAGGGAGCCAUCGAGGAAUGCAGGUAGGGGCAGUCAUCAUCCUGUCUUUUACCUUGCUGAUGGGUCCCAGGGCCGCGGAUAUUGAGGCCCCAGCUCCGUGCCAAUGUCUUUGGCCAACUGCGUCUUUCGAGGCGCUUAGGCGCACGGGACGAUUUCAGGGACGGGCUCUGCCUCCCCGACUGGCUCUGGGGCGCGAUGCAGUGCAGGUAAUCGGAGCAGCUCUCGACAAAAAUCGCGAGGCACUGGACGAGUGGAAGGACCUGGUGAGCACCACCGAUUGUGACGAUGUAGCAACAUAACCUAUAGAUCGAAUAUCCAAAUCAGACAAUGUGUGCCCAGUCAUAGAUGACGAAAUGUGGCUUCCUCUUGGGGACCGAGCAAAUCAUAUUUCCUAAGCCUUCCACUCACUGGUAAUGCAUUCCCUGCCAGGCUUUCCGAGGUUGAACACCAUCGCCCUGCCUACUCUCUUAUAUCUAG